AUGGAAGUCGAGGGUGGAGCAGAGCUCUGCUUUCCAGAACUCCUCAACGCCUCCUGCAGGAAGCCGACACCUCCUGGGUCUGAAGCUGUGCUCCUGAACGUUCUGCUGUCCUCCGUCUCUGUGCUCACUGUAGCUCUCAACCUGCUCGUCAUCAUCUCAAUCUCCCACUUCAGGCAGCUCCACACACCCACUAACAUCCUCCUCCUCUCUCUGGCUGUCUCAGACUUUCUCGUGGGCCUCCUGCUGAUGCCGGUGGAAAUGUUCCUAAAAACGGGCUGUUGGUUUCUUGGUGAUCUGAUGUGUUCUCUGUAUAAUUACAUGUCCUUCAUCAUUACCUCGGCCUCAGUGGGAGACAUGGUGCUCAUAUCCAUCGACCGUUAUUUGGCUAUUUGUGACCCUCUGCAUUACACCAGCAGAGUCACUGAGAGAAGAGUUAAACUCUGUGUGUGUGUGUGUUGGCUCUGCUCUGUUUUCUAUAACAGUCUCUUUGUAAAGGACGACCUGACUCAUCCAGACAGACAUCAUUUCUGUUAUGGUGAAUGUGUGAUUAUCGUUGAUCAUAUUGCAGGAGUUGUUGACCUCGUUUUGACCUUUAUUCUUCCCAUUACUGUCAUUAUAUUUCUGUACAUGAGUGUAUUCAUGGUGGCUGUGUCUCAGGCUCGUGCCAUGCGCUCUCACAUUACAGCCGUCACACUCCAGCGUUCAGAGACAGCAAAGAAAUCAGAGCUGAAAGCAGCCAGGACUCUUGGUGUUCUUGUAGCUGUGUUUCUAAUAUGUUUCUGUCCAUAUUACUGUGUUUCUCUUGCAGGGGACGACUUACUCUUUAGCUCAUCUGGAUCUUUUGUGCUCUAUCUCUUCUAUUUUAACUCCUGUUUAAACCCUGUGAUCUACGCCUUGUUCUAUCCCUGGUUUAAAAAAGGUAUUAAACUGGUUGUGACUCUUCAGAUCCUGCAGCCUGGUUCCUGUGAGGCCAACGUACUGUAG